GUGUACAUGAGCUGCGGGGACCAUCCAGGCCUUAUUUCGGCGGUUCUCAAGUACGGCGACGCGUCCAGGGGCGGUGAUCCCGUGCUUUGGAGUGAGGUGCUCGAGUACUUCGUCACCCAACACGACAGCAAUCCGCCCACAAGCGACUGCAGCGCACAAAUACUGCAGCCCCGGCUAUUUCAGAACUCCCGCUGCUCCGCCUCGGGAGGACCCCUGGAGUUGCCUGUCGUACACUUCUUGUGUGGCCAUUCGUACAACCUCCGUCAGUUGGGGGAUAACGACCGGGAGUGUCCCCUGUGUGGGCCGGACCAGCGGAGGGUAAUUGAGAUACGGAACAGCAUGCAGGGGGCCUCCCUGCAGCCCGAGCGCUUCUUCGCGGAGUUGCGACAAUCGGCUGACGGCUUCGCGGUGGUGGCCGAACACUUCGGACGGGGGCUGAUGAACGUGACGCCGGUCGCGGCCGCUACGGCAGCGCCUGCCGGUGUCCCCGGAGGGCCAGUCGUACAGAGCAGUACAGUGGAGUACAACCCCGGACAGUAUUCAACAGUGUAUCUUCUCGUUGUGUAGUGGCCUAUCGGUUAUUUGGGACCCCAAGGGGUUGUUUCGGGGUCCGUUAAUCCGGUUAAGUACAAAGAAGUGUUGAAUCGGUUUCAUGAUUUAGAAAAGGGAAGUAAUUGACGCAGCUGACGGCAAACAAGGAGUGGAAUGUCGGACCUUUCGGAUUGAGGAACAGUACAUCAUCCUCUCUUUUAUGUACAAGCGACAUACAGACUGACAGACAUGCAUAAAAACUGACAGAAGAGCUACAUGGGGCGGUUUCGCCAUCUUACCACCUUCCCCCCUCUUCUUUCUUUUGGAGUCUCGCAUCCCAGUGAGGUGGUCAGGAUAUUGGUUAUCAUUGCACUGCUUUUAAUGUUGAUCGUCGU